AGCCCGGUAUAAUCUUGAAAAAUCAUGCAGAAAACUUGAGCCUUUUUCAACCUUUGGUUUCUGGGUACUCAUAAUAAAUAUGGCUGAUUGGUCUUGAAAAUAAAAAAGAAAACAUGAUGAUUUUGAGAAUGAUUUUAAGAAAUUUAGUGAUUUGUUUUGGGUUGGUGGGACUGAACAGCAACAUUUUCCUAACUUAAUCAUUUAUAAAGAAAGUUUGUAGCUUUUUGCAAGAUUCCAUCCAGAAUUCUUGGGCCAUCUCUCUGCUUUCAGGGUUUUGAAUUUGAAGAACAUGAAUGGGGCUGCAUUGGUUGCUAUUAUUGCUACAAUUGGCAAUCUUUUACAAGGUUGGGAUAAUGCUACAAUUGCAGGAGCUGUGGUAUACAUAAAGAAGGAGCUAACACUUGGAAGUACAAUAGAAGGCCUAGUUGUUGCCAUGUCACUAAUCGGGGCGACCCUGAUCACAACUUGCUCCGGGCCCAUAUCCGAUACAGUGGGCCGCCGCCCCAUGCUAAUACUCUCAUCUUUCUUUUACUUCAUUGGUGGACUAAUAAUGCUUUGGUCACCUAAUGUCUAUGUUCUUCUUCUAGCAAGAUUAAUAGAUGGAUUUGGAGUUGGUUUAGCAGUCACUUUAACACCUAUUUAUAUAUCCGAAACCGCUCCUCCUGAGGUUCGGGGAUUGUUAAAUACACUCCCACAAUUCACGGGCUCGGGUGGAAUGUUUUUGGCAUAUUGUAUGGUUUUCGGGUUGUCAUUGAUGGCUUCAACAAGUUGGAGGUUGAUGUUGGGUGUUGUUUGUAUUCCAGCACUUGUUUAUUUUGUGUUAACGGUUUUCUAUUUGCUCGAAUCGCCGCGAUGGCUUGUGAGUAAAGGAAAGAUGGCGGAGGCAAAACGCGUCUUGCAAAGAUUACGUGGCAAAGAAGAUGUUUCGGGCGAACUGGCAUUACUAGUAGAAGGUUUAGCGGUUGGAGGUGACACAUCGAUUGAAGAAUACAUGCUCGGUUUGGAAACUGAAGAUACCGAAGAUCCAACGUCUCACAAAGACGAAAUCAAGUUAUACGGGCCCGAAAAGGGUCUCUCAUGGAUAGCAAAACCGGCCCACGGUCAAAGUCAAAGCAUGCGUAGUAUCUUAUCCCGUCAAGGAACCACGGUCAACUCAAGCAUUCCAUUAAUGGACCCACUUGUUACCCUCUUUGGCAGUGUUCACGAAAAACAACCCGAGUCAGGAAGCAUGAGAAGCAUGUUGUUCCAGAAUUGGGGUAGCAUGUUUAGUACGAUGGACCCGCCAGUGAAAGACGACCAAUGGGAUGAAGAGAGUGUACAAAAUGAAGGUGAAGGGUAUGGGACGGACGGUGGAGAUGAAUAUGAUGAGAAUUUACAAAGCCCGUUGAUUUCGCGGCAAACAACGAGUGUUUCGGCGGCAGCACAUGGUGGCAUGGGGAUCGGCGGUGGGUGGCAGUUGGCGUGGAAGUGGUCGGAAAAAGAAGGUGAAGAUGGGGAAAAGGAAGGUGGGUUUAAGAGAAUAUAUUUGCAUCAAGAACCGAGUGGGCCUGGCGGGUCCCGCCGCGGGUCACUUGUUUCGGUUCCAGGUAGUGGUGGCAAUGUUCCUGUUGAUGGUGAAUAUGUUCAAGCUUCGGCUCUAGUGAGUCAACCUGCUUUGUACUCUAAAGAGCUCAUGAGUCAAUGUCCUGUGGGACCCGCGAUGGUUCACCCGUCAGAGACCGCUUCCAGUACGCCAAUGUGGUCUGCACUUCUUGAUCCGGGGGUUUCACGUGCGUUGUUUGUUGGGGUUUCAAUCCAAAUGCUUCAGCAGUUUUCAGGAAUAAACGGGGUUAUGUACUACACACCUCAAAUCCUCGAGCAAGCGGGUGUGAGUGUUCUUUUAUCGAGCCAUGGCCUUGGUUCAGAUUCCGCUUCUUUUCUCAUUAGUGCAUUCACAACUCUUUUAAUGCUUCCAUGUAUUGCUAUUGCCAUGCGGUUCAUGGAUAUCACGGGUCGAAGGGCUCUUUUGCUGACUACAAUUCCCAUACUAAUAGCGUCUCUGGUGAUCCUCGUUAUGAGUAACAUAAUCAAGAUGGGAUCUGUAAUACAGGCAGUUAUCUCAACAGUGUGUGUGGUUGUCUACUUUUGCUGUUUUGUCAUGGCUUACGGCCCGAUUCCAAACAUUUUAUGCUCAGAAAUCUUCCCAACACGGGUUCGUGGAGUCUGCAUUGCCAUAUGUGCACUAGUCUUCUGGAUAUGUGAUAUCAUUGUGACAUACACAUUGCCCGUGAUGCUUUCUACUAUCGGGCUGGAGGGAGUUUUCGGAAUUUAUGCCGUCGUGUGUGCUAUUUCAUGGGUGUUUGUGCUCUUAAAGGUUCCAGAAACAAAAGGGAUGCCACUGGAAGUCAUUACGGAAUUUUUCGCGGUUGGAGCCCGAGCCAGCCAAGAAUGAGUGAACCAAUAAAAAAGGCAAUCUAUGUGUAUACAUAAGUUUGAACAUCAUUAAACCGGCUUAAUUUAUUGUCUUUAGGGUGUGUUUGAGUUCAAUGUAGCUCGAGUCUCGACUCAUUAGUAAAUAUAGGUCCGGACUCAUGGUCCGUGACCCGGAAGUGAUUAAGAUCGGAGUCUACUUGCCUGGUUCCAGCUCUCGCUUGGUUCAUGUGGGCUCGAUUAUUGUGGACUCGUAUAGGACGACUAUAGGCAUAUAUAAAGUAUUAACUAUGAACAUUUGUUCCGGUUUAUUUGUGAACUGAAUAAAUAAAUUUAUGGGCCAUAUAGAUUUGGCCCAUUUAGAAUUGAA